CAGUAAUAGCGAGCGCGGCCCCCCGCGCGCGCGCCCCUCCGCUCGUCCGGCCGAUCGCUGGUGUGCGACGCGCUGCAUGCGCUCAGCUGAUAUCAUAAAUAAUUGGAGCACAUUACAUAAACACGCUCACGUCUUUUUUUUUUUUUCUUUUCUAGAUUAUUCCGACAGCAUGCAGUUUGUUGGACUUUUCCUCCUACUUUUACAUGUAGUUGUUGGCCGUGGCGCUGAGCUCACGUUUGAACUGCCGGAUAACGAAAAGCAGUGCUUCUACGAAGAUCUGGACGGCGGAGUUAAGUUUGAUAUAGAUUUUCAAGUCAUUUCUGGAGGCAACUACGAUGUUGACUGUUUUGUAACAGACCCAUUGAACAAUCUCCUGUAUCAGGAGAGAAAGAAACAGUACGACAGCUUCUCCCACGUGACGGCAAUGAAAGGUGUCUACAAGGUCUGCUUCAGCAACGAAUUCUCCACCUUCUCCCACAAAAUCGUCUACUUGGAUUUCCGAGCCGGGGAAGAGGUUCCCCUUCUUCCUGACAUGAACAGAGCCACGGCGCUCACCCAGAUGGAAUCUGCUUGUGUCUCCAUUCACGAGAUGCUGAAGGUGGUAGCAGACUCCCAGACUUGGUACAGGUUAAGGGAGGCACAAGACCGCAGCAGGGCAGAAGAUCUCCAUGAACGGGUCACUUACUGGUCCAUGGGGGAGACUCUCAUUCUGCUUCUAGUCAGUGUCGGCCAAGUGUUAAUGCUUAAAAGCUUUUUUACCGAGAAGAAAACAAGUGUCCCCGUAAGCACUUAGACCCCACACUUGCACUGUCAGUCACAUGACUACUUUUUGUUAGUCCAAUAAUAAGCAAGUCGCAAUGAUUUCUGUGUCUGACUUUUUUCCCCACUUUGUUGCCUUAUUUGUAUGCCCCCUCGUAUUUCCCACAUGUGCAUUUCUUUCUUUUUAUCUGGUUUUUGAUUUGACUAUAAAUUAUGGUGAAAUGUAUCAAUUAAGGUCAAAUGCACAAGUACAGGUCUGUUCCACAGGAAAUUAUGAUCAGAUAUAUUUCGUAUUCUGACCAGAUGUAUUUCAGUAAUACUGUGUGAACCAAUAAAACUAUAUUUUUUACAUUUCAUGUCAGGCAGAGCAUUGCCUUAUACGCAGGAGUUUUUUCAUGUAGCUACAACAGCACCCUCCCGUUUAUAUAACAGUUUUUCUCGCAUCAAAUGUGAAUGCAGUUACUGUACACUGUGGAGCAGAGGGCAUUUGAUAUCUCUUAAUGGACAUGAGUUUGCUGCUUUUGUCUGUUAAGUAUGGCUGUGCAAUAUGUCACUGUAUUUGUUUAUAUUGGAAUAUAUAGAACAUUUUUGCCAAAAAAAAAAAAUCCCAUGUUUAACUUGAAUUGU